GCUCUUCUUCUUUCCGCUGCAGCCCCCAAAACCCCCCCCAAGCUGCCGGCAACAAGUUUUUGAGGAAAACCAGUAAAAGCUUAGAUUUUUCCCUUCUUUUUUUGUCCAAGAACCUGAUUUAGAACCCAGAAAUCUUUCCCCCUGCAGGAAGCUCCCGGAUCUGCUCUCCUCUUCCUCCCCUGUCCGCCGGCUGCUCUUGUUGUGGGUGAGAUUUUCGGUCUUUCUUGAAUUUCCCCUGCACAUGCCGUCGGCCUCUCCCCCCCUGCAGCUCCGGUUUUAGCUGGAGAAUUAUGGUUCCCGAUCGUUCUGUCAGUUAGUACGUGAAUUGAGUGCUCAGUUUUAUGUGAAGUGAGGUAAGUAAAUUAUGGUAAAACCCUUCGAUUUUAAAGCAUGUUUUAAAUUGUUUUUGAGAUGGUGGCAAGGUUCAAAUUGAUUUUAAAUUGAUUUUAAAUUGAUUUUAUCAGCAUUUGAGUGUGAUUAAACUGGAAUGAAAAUUGUGAUGAUUUCUAUAAGACUUUCACUAUUUUUCUGGAAUUGAGCAUGAGUGGAAUGAAAAUGAGAAUUUCAUUGUUUUUCUGAAGUUGAGCAUGCCUAUUUGGAAAUUGACUGAAUUGUUUGAUGAACUGAGAGUUUUUGUAAAUUCUGAGUUUUCUGUUAAAUCCAUGCUCACAUGGAGAUUUUCCGGUUGUUUUUGAGAUUGGGGAUUGACUGUCCUGAUGAUCUGAAAGUGAUUGUGAACUGUGAUUUUUCUGUUAACUUCUGCCUGUUUUGUCUCCGAUAUGGUCAUGUAUUCAUGUGCCCGCUAGUGGGAGGUUUAUAAACGCUAGCACAUGUCGACAUGUUCGUGAUAGAAUCGGUUCGCUCGUGGCCCUACUAGUGGGGAUUAUACACUAGUACUCGUGUGCCCGCCAGUGGGAGGUUUAUAAACGCUGGCCAUGACCUAUAGAGGAGACGUCUAUUUCGUGCCCGUACUGUAUCCGUUUUUCGUGAUUACACUUGUUGGCAUGCUAUGAGUUUAAUUGACGGUUUGUCAUUGAAUGUUUUGCAAGUGAACUGAAUCUGAUUUUGCAUUGACGGUUUUGUCAUUGAACGUUUUGCUAUUAAACCGAGUUUGAUUUCUGCAUUUACGGUUUAUCAGUGAAAAUUCUGUUAUACUUACAUGGUUUAUCUGGCAUGCUUAUAUUUUUACCCAGGGGCUACCCAUAUUUACUUACUGAGUUAUCUCAUAGUUUUCAUAGUUUUCCUUGUCCACCAUUUCAGGGAGUGAAACCGAGGACGAGGAAACCAAGGGGAGUGACGAGUUAGAAAGCUAGCCAUCUUGUAAUUGAAUAUGGAUUUUAGAUGUAAAUGAUGAUAUUGCAAGCUAGAUUGUAAUUGGAGAUCGUAUAAAUUCAUUUAUUGGAUAAGUUCCGAGCCUUGUGCAUUUGUGGGACCCACUCACGAGUGCACGGCGUCUAUCGCGCCUCGAAUUCGAGUUUUGGGGCGUUACAAAAAAUUUAACACCAUCAA